AUGUUUGUAAGCUUCUACAGCUCGGUGGUGUCGAUUUUCCUGAAUGGUCGUUCCGUUCUGGAACUGGAACCAGUUGUUGUACGCGUUCAGAUCGCCGCAGGUGGCAGUGGAACGAUCCUCGAAAGAUAUUCUGCAGUGAUAAGCAGGUCGCACAGUAUUGUUCAAGACUCUGCUUCAGGUGGCUGGCGGAUGCUGCUCGGCUCCAACAAUCCCCACUGGGACCUGCGCGAGAACCUGCAAAAGGUCCAGCCCAAGUACGGAGCGGCCCCGUUCUACAAGCUGGGCAUCGAAACCCGGAACGCGCCGCCGUACGACGUGAUCAUCACCGUCAGCGAGGGCGAUCUGGGACUGCCCAGCAAGGAGUUUUACACCCUCGGGGAAAAGGAUCCGGUCAUCGCGGCGUACCACACCUACCUGCGGGACAUUCUGGCCCACAUGGUGGCGUCGUCCACGACCAAGAGCCAGGAGUACGCCAAGAUGAUCUUCAACUACGAGCGGCGGAUCGCGCUGGACGUGAUGGGAGUGCUGCGGGAGGCGGCCCAGGGGAAUGCGUCCCAGCCGCAGAUCCGGACGAUGCAGCAGCUGGCCGAUGAGGCGCCGUCGCUCCCCAUCCUCCAGACCGCCCAGGCCAUGUUCCGGCGCAAGAUCACCGAAAACACCCAGGUCCUGGUGAGCAGCCCGAUCGCGCUCAAAAUGAUCUCCCAGAUCAUCACCACCACCGACAAGGAGAUCCUGAACAACUUUGUCAUGUGGUCCGUGAUCCGGCACUUUGUCCCGUACAUGUCGCACAACUUCCGCCAGUCGCUGCUCGAGUUCGAGAAGGUGCUGUACGGGGUGGAGCACAAGCAACCGAUUUGGCACUUUUGCACCAAGGUCGUCCAGCAGUGGAUGCCGUACGGGUUGGAAGCGCUGCGGGAGAACCCGAAGCUGGUCGUGCACGAUCGAGAGCAGCAGGAUUAUGGCGGUGGUGGUGGUGGCGAGGAUCGUCGUGCCGUCGGGAUGGAUUCAAUGGAUCCGUACCAUAGUUCGCGGCAGGUUCAGGAGGUGACGGCGUACGACGAAGAGAUGGUGCGGUUGAUGUUCUACCACAUCCGGGACGAGUACAAGGGAGCGCUGAACAACGCCAAUUGGGUGAAUCAACAGCUGACGAAGUACAUCGCGGACAAGCUGUCCAUGAUGCGGGUUCAGAUUGGGAUUCCGGAGGAGUUGCUGAAGAGCGAGCGAACGGUCAACGAGUUCUACAACGAUGUCGUGUUGGACGAGCUGCUGUUUGUGGACAACGUCGUGACGCACUGGGAGUUUGUGAAGAAGCGCAUGGACCGGAUGAUGGACAACGGGACGGAAAAUGAGAGAAUCGCUGCCGAGUUGUUCCCGCCGAGCACGUUCGGAUCGCGACGAACUCCAGUCGCGAACUUGAAGUACUCCGUCGGUCUUAACAUGGUCAUCAUCGCGAAGGAGAAAACCAGGGAGCCGUACUUCCAUUACAAGUAUCCACUAUCGCUCAACUUUGCCCGGCUAGGGGCGGAUAUUUCGCUGGUGAUUCACGACGCCGUCAACACGCUGGCAGAGCAGUUCGGAAACGUAGAAGCAAGCCGGCAGCCGCGGCACAUCCGCGAGAACGUGUUCGACGAGGAAGCGCAGAAGUGUAUGACCAAAAAACUCCAGUCGAUCUACCUCAACACGGCCCACAUCUCGAACGCCACCAAACUGCACUCCUACCUGGAAUUGGCCUCCACCUCGAUGCUCGCCCAGUCCUUCCAGUCGCUGCUCGAGAAGAUCGCCCGCAACGAGCGCCUCCCAGUGGCGGACAUUCCGGAAAAGUCCACCUACGCCAGCCUCGGCCUGCGCCACUUCCGGCGCCAGCCCGGCCUCCAGCGGUACGACGAGCAGCAGCUGUUUGCGCUGGCCUUCCUCCAGCGGCACUGUGCCGUCGUGCCGGAGGGUGGGGCACCGCUGCGCUUCAGCAAGAUCCUCGCCGACAAUGACAUUCCGAGCGCGGACAAGUUCACGCUGAUGUGGCGAAACGUGCCGGAACUGGCGGGAACGCUGGACUGUUCCGCGAGCAGUAGUGGGAGUGGUGGGGAACAAAGUGGCCGCUGCGGGCGCGUUCUUUGAUUAGUGCGGCGGCCAGUCACCGCAGCGGCCCAGGUGGGCGCCACCACCACCACAAACCCCGGAACCGGCGGUUCCGGCGGCAGUCGAAAGCGUUCCAGCAAGAAGCGCAAAAAGCCCGUCCCGUCGGCGUCGUACUACGAUCCGGCCUUUACGUGGCCACAGUUUCCGGGGGCGCCGCCACAGUACACUCCUGGUGGCGGCAGCGUUGUGGUUCCGGAAGUGGUGGCCGGCGUGGAGGUCGGACCGAAGACGGCGACGGUGACGGCGGUGACAAGCAAAAGCGGUGAUAUCGUGUAUCCUAAAAUCGAUGUUAAUAGUAUAUUCUUCUAAGAGAAAAGGGAAACAGGAGUAGGCGUGGGACGAAAGGGAUGGAAUGAACGGAAGCGGAAGCGAAACGAGAGCAUGAUCGAGCUGAGACAAAAACUCUAUUUUCGUACGAAAAAAAAAACUGAAAUACUUUUAAGUUACGACGAGUCGCAUUACAGGAGUGUGAUUUCUGUUAAAACUCACUGAUUUUAAAGAUUAAAAAUUCCGUUCGACGCAAAAUGCCAUUACGAAUAAUUACACGAUCUGAUAAGUACUGAUAAUUUUACCUUCUAACCACGUAAGUUCCUACUUGAGGGAUUUACUAGGAAAUUUCGUUUAACCAACUAACUUUGACACACUCAAACACUUCCAAACUUGUACAUGAAGAGAGAUAAAACAAUCAUGAAACGCUAUUUAAGAAAACGCAUAAAAUCGUUCAUUUCGAAAUAACACAAAACGAAAAAAUUAACUUGUGUAAAGAGAAACAAAACAAAAUAAAUAAAGAAUCAGAGUAUUUAAGCAUUUAAGAAGCAAAUAUUCCACGAUGCCACGGUUGAAGGCGGGCGCGCGAACAAUAACUAAUAAUAACGUGAAUGUUGAAUAAUAAAAAUGAUCAGAAGUUAUACCUAAGUGGAGCGCUCGCGAAUUGAUGUUAAAAGAGAGGGGGGAAACGAGAACAGGAGCAGUUUUGUACAGUAAUGCGAUGUGAAGCAGAGUGAAAGCCUCCGAGUUGGGGAUUUGAGGAGAAAAGGGUACGACAAUGCGCGCGAGAAGAAAAAAAUAAUAAAUAUGGAACACCUUUUUUAUAAUA